AAGGCCACCUCCUUUACCAUGUGUUAGCAGGCGGCGGGGUGGGGAAGGGAGGUGUAAGAGGUCAGAGGUCAGGCUCACCAUGUAGGGGUAGCCAUUGAGGGUGAAGACGUGCUGGGUGAAUUCCUGGAUUGGGUGUUUGGAGAAGACACAGAGACCACUGCCAAUGAUGCCGCUGAAAAGCCAAGUCCUAGUCAAGAGCCGCAAAAGCAGGGAGAGAAAUACCCAGCCCCUUUCCCCUCCCCCAUCUCCCAGCUCUUAUCAGCUACUUUUUUCUUCCUCUGCUGCUGGUACCACCCCAGAUCGAAGCUCAACGCGACGGCUUCUACGUGGGCUGACAGGAUGGCCUGAUGAUAAAUUUGAUGACCUGAAGAGCUAGAUCUUCCUCAUUCCACCUUCGUCCGCUCCCACACCCAGAAGAGAGGACGCCGGGGAAGAGGGAGGCGGGCGCAGGAAGCACGGGGAAGGGCUGGCAGGGCCAAGGGCCUCCAGCUCCGAGACCAGGCUUCUGGGCCAGUGGGCUUCUCACCUCCUGAAGUAGUGCGCUGCUGGGUAGGCGGGCAGCAGCUUCUGCCUCAGGUACUGGAAGUCCUGCUCGCUCCACACCUGAGGGGAGGGGUGAUGAUACCUGCCGGCCCUUCCCCCAGGGCGGGAGCCCCCGCCCGCGCCCCAGCCGCCCCCACUCCCGCCGGGCCUCCACACCAGGUCCGCGCGGCCCCACCUCCUCCAGGAGAGCUAGGUCGAAGCUCUCCCUGUUCAGAAAGUCUCCCAGGCGCUUCACGCGGUCGGCCCGGUGCUUGCUCAGGUAGGGAAUGCCCCUGAGGACGAAAAGCGCAGGGGAGGUGACGGCUGGGGCGCUCGGGCAGCAACGGCCAGGUGCGGGCCCCGGAGGGAGGGGUUGCCCCGCACCCCGCACCCCGAGGGGUAGGGCAGGGGAGCGCCGUGGCCCGGCUGUGAGGAAGGCCUCCUGCCUCUGGCGAGCGAGGCGGCGGCCCCAGACCCGGGUCGGCGGGCGCACUCACCAGCAGUUGAGGUUAAAGACCCUCAGUCGCAGGGAGAAGUUGGGCUUCAUGGCGGGGACGCUCGGCGGCGCGGGACGGCUCGGCUUCCGCAGCGACGGCCGCGUUGGGGACAGCGGCGGGCGGGCGGCCUUCCCCGCGGGGCACCGCGCACAGGUGGUCGCCCUGCUUCCGCUCUCCCGGGAAGGCCGCGGCCCCGAAGUGCACGCGCCCGGGGACUGACUCCCGCGCUACCCGGGCAACCGGCCGGCUGGCCCCAAUCUGGCUGCGCGGCAACCCGGAAAGGCGAUCUGCGGUGAAAUCAGGCGCUGACGGGCGGCGACUACCGCGCUGGAGGACCCUGGGCUUGGGGGUCCCAGAGGAGGUCGGGGGGGGGCGGGGGCGGCGGCGAACCACGCUGAAGCACGCGAGGCGUGGGGUCCCCGUUCCUUUUCUCCGAAGCUCGUCGCUGGUGGCGGCCGCCCACGCGUCCUCUCCAGCCUCUCGGCCGCCUCCACAGCAACAGGCACAAAGUUGAGGAAAGGCCCGGCCUUCGCCGACCGCCCCGCCCCCGGCCCACUCCUUCCGGCGAGCGGCGGGGGCGGGGCCGCGCGGUUGCCCUGGCGACGCGCUGUGUUUGUGACCCGCGGAGUCCCCGCGCGCAGCCAUGGCGAGCAGCUCGCAGACGCCGCCCGAGCAGCCGCUGCAGGUGAAAGUGGUGGGGCUAUUCAAAAGCUCCAGCUUUCAAAUUGCGAAGAGCGCCGCUGAGGUAACCGCGAAGAAACCACAAGGGCGGAAGGCCCGUCCCGCUUCCGGUCGUGCGCCUCCUGGUGGCGGGGGUCGAGGUUCAGGGAGGAGUCUGAAGAGUAAUUAUCCAUCCAAAUUUGAAGACCCUAUAAUAGUUCCUGUUCAAGAAUUUGCAUGGGAUCAAUAUCUACAGGAGAAAAAAAGGGAACUUAAGAAUGAAAUCUGGGAAUAUUCUUCCUAUGUGAUGUGUUUUAUUAACGAUCAGCUCCUGGGUGAUGCACUUGAUCUUCAGAAAUGGGCCCACAAAGUGUGGGAUAUAGUUGAUUUUAAGCCUCCUGCACUUUAUGAAGCACUUACUAUGGAUUAUUCUGCCAAAUUCUUAAGAGACACGAAGCAUAAUUUUGUGUUCUUGGACAUUUCUCUUGAUUUUUAUCCAAUUGGAAGAUUGAUUUUUGAGCUAUAUUGUGAUACAUGUCCCAAAACAUGUAAAAAUUUUCAGAUCCUGUGCACAGGAAAAGCAGGUUUUUCCCAAAGUGGCAUCAGGCUACAUUACACAGGUUCCAUUUUUCAUCGAGUGGUACGGAAUGGUUGGAUACAAGGAGGAGAUAUAGUUGCUGGAAGAGGAGAUGGUGGAGAGUCAAUUUAUGGACCAACAUUUGAAGAUGAAAACUUCUCAAUUCCUCAUAAUAAAAGGGGAGUUCUUGGAAUGGUCAACAAAGGCCGUCACAGCAAUGGGUCACAAUUCUACAUCACACUACAAGCAGCUCCCUAUCUAGACAGAAAAUAUGUGGCUUUUGGGCAAUUGAUUGAAGGAACAGAUGUUCUUCAUCAACUAGAAUUGGUUCCAACAGAGAAUGAAAGACCAAUACAACAAUGUGUAAUUAUUGACAGUGGAGAGCUUUAUGCCUAACCUUCGUAUCAGUAUUUUCUGACAAUUUUUUAUUGUACAUCUGAUCAGCUGUUUCUAGAUUUAAUUAAACAGUGCUUGUUAAAA